UGGCCCAUGGGUGAGAGUACGGUGAAGAGGACAUGGUAUAAAGAGAGUGGAGGGUCUAGACAGCAGAGAGAGAGAAAGUGGCAGCUUUCAUUAAGUCAGAUUUGAUAAUCGUGGAAUAUUCACAACACCAGGACAAUCAGCUUUACAUUUAUAGUCUUCAUCGCUGGUCUGUGUUCUCCGCCCGGCAACAGAGAAGUCACCAUGGCACCACUGGUGAACUACUGGAUGUGUUUGGUUGCUGUAUUGUCGGCAGUGACCUCCAGCCAUGCCCUGAGAAGAAUCUCGCUGAAAAAGAUGCCGUCUAUCAGAGAGACACUGAGGGAGCUGGGUGUUUCUGCAGAGCAGGUUUUGACUGGGUUGGCCCAGAAGAGCACAGAUGACAACAACAACAAUGGGACUGUUCCCACACCUCUAACCAACUACUUGGACACUCAGUACUUUGGGGAAAUCAGUAUCGGCUCUCCGGCCCAGAUGUUCAACGUGGUGUUUGACACAGGCUCAGCCAACCUGUGGGUGCCGUCACAAAGCUGCUCACCUUUCUCCACUGCCUGUUUUACUCACAACAGGUACGACGCCUCCAAAUCUCGGACCUACGUUGAGAACGGAACCGGAUUUUCCAUCCAGUACGCCUCUGGAACUGUCAGGGGAUUUCUGAGCGAGGAUGUUGUCGUGGUUGGUGGCAUUCCUGUGGUGCAGGUAUUUGCUGAAGCAGCCUCUCUGUCCGCCAUGCCCUUCAUUUUUGCCAAGUUCGAUGGAGUCCUGGGGAUGGGUUACCCCAACAUGGCCAUCGAUGGCAUCACUCCGGUGUUUGACCGCAUCAUGUCUCAGCAUGUCCUCAGGGAGGAGGUGUUUUCUGUCUACUACAGCAGGGACCCAAAGCACUCUCCAGGAGGAGAGCUGGUCCUUGGCGGCACAGACCCAAACUACUACACUGGAAACUUUAACUAUCUGGACACCAGAGAGAUGGGUAAAUGGGAAGUUACCAUGAAAGGGGUUUCUGUCGGGUUGGAGAUGAUGUUUUGCGCGGAGGGCUGCACAGCUGUGAUCGACACCGGCUCCUCCUACAUCACAGGCCCGGCCUCCUCUGUCUCACUGCUGAUGAAAACCAUCGGAGCCCAGCUGGAUGAAAGUGGAUACAAAGUCAACUGUGACGCCGUCAAGACGCUGCCUAGUGUUACUUUCCACCUGGGUGGCCAGGAGUACUCACUGACUCAGGAGGAUUACAUCUUAUGGCAAUCACAGAUCGAAGGGGACGUCUGCAUCGUCACCUUCAGGGGCUUGGAUGUGCCGCCACCUACAGGUCCCGUCUGGAUUUUGGGAGCCAACUUCAUCGCCCGCUACUACACCGAGUUUGACCGUCGCAAUAAUCGAAUAGGGUUUGCUACAGCAGUCUAACGGACUUAAACAUCAGCCAUGUUGCUCUUGUUUUCUUUUUCUCUGUCUUUGCUGCUAUCUCCUCCCUUCAGCUGCUUUUUAUAACUUGUGAUCAAACUACAUCUGUUUAAUAAAAAUAGUAAAGAAGUGCACAUUAUGAAAUAUCAUCCUCCCAUUUCUUGCCAAUUUUUUUAUAUAUAUAUUUUGUACCAGUUGCACUGAACACCUUUUGUUUUAUUUAUAGCAUUUUCCAGCAAAUGCAAAGUAUCUCUGCGUGUGUGUCUCUGCUGAUAACUAUCGUACAGCAACAGUGAAAAUCCAUGCCUGUAUUGUACCGACGUAACAAGAAUAAACUUGUU